GUGACAAAUGUCAAAAUCAGUCAAGUUAAUGUCAAAUGUAAAAAGUUUGGAAAAUGCUGAAUAUCGGGAGCAAACUCAAAUAAUAUUCCAAAUCUGAAAAUAUGUCAUGAAAAGUAAUAAGUAAAUAAUUAUGUAUUAUGCCAAAAAUAGCAAUUACGUGUAAAAAUCUGGGACGAAUGCUCGUAAACUUUGACUCGAUAUAUCAAUAACCUCAAAACACAUGUACGGUAUAAGUGUAUUGUUUAGUUCCCGUGUAGUUAGUAAACGUAGCUUACGUCCUUACUCGUCUGAUAGUACUAAGAAGCUGUUGGAAUUUCUAGCCGAUAUGCCGAAAGCGACUUCAGGAAGAAUCGCUGAGGCUCAACGUCAAAGGCAACAUAUAUCAAAAAAGAGUGAGAAAUAUGGUCCGAGUACUGUGUACCUUCAGGUAAUUGGGUCUGGCGCAAGGGGAGCCCCCAACACGCUUUAUCUCUUUACAGACCAAAAACGAUAUCUCUUCAACUGUGGUGAAUGCACACAGAGGCUUGCUCAUGAGCACAAAGUGAAACUGUCCCGUCUGGAUCACAUCUUCAUUACUAGUAAAACAUGGCGCAAUAUUGGAGGCCUACCAGGACUGUCUCUCACCUUGCAGGAUGUUGGAGUACCAAAUAUAACAUUGCAUGGACCCGAAGGCUUGGAUGAGUUGUAUACAGCAACAAAGAGGUUUGUUAUAAUGAAAGAUAUGAAUGUGACAAUGGCCAAGUGUACUCCUUCUGAAGACUUUGAAGACAAUGUUAUGAGGGUCGAAUAUAUUCUAUUAGGUCCCAAUGACAAUAUACUUCAAGGCAAAGAAAAACCAGCUGCUAAAAAGCCAAGAUUAGAUUCAAACUCGGACAAGGAGUAUGAGGAGUUUAUUCAUGAUGACACUGAUUACUAUAGGUCUGAUAUACGUAACUUGGAGCCUAACUCAGCUAACCCUCAAAGAGCUAAAAAUCUCAGGGAAAAGGUUAAACCAAAACCAUUACACACGGAAAAAGAAAAUGCCGCAAAGAAAAAGACUGACAAGGUUCUACAUGACCUCCAGAAGAAAAGCAAUUGUUCUGUAGCCUACAUCUGUACUCUAAAGAAACGACUCGGUACCCUGGACCUGGCGAAGUGUGUGGAGCUGGGCGUAAAGCCCGGUCCGAUGCUGGGUCAGCUGAAGAGUGGACAAGAUGUAGUGCUGCCUGAUGGCUCACUCGUCAUGUCCAAGGACGUGAAGACACCUGAUGAUCCAGGCCCUGUGUUUAUUGUGUUGGACGUACCAGAUGUGACAUAUCUCAAAGAGAAUGAGUUCUCAGCGCACUUCGACAAUGACACCAACCCACCGGAGAACAUCCCUGCGCUCAUCGUGCACUUCACUCCGCCACACGUGUUCCAUCACCUCACGUACCGAGCCUUCAUGGCGAAGUUUGGCCCGUGUACCCGACACCUUGUCCUAAACGCACAGAACUCCUGCUUAGGCUCAGAAGCAGUGCACCGAACACAACAUAAGCUGCACCUUUUGGACCCGGACAUAUUCCCAUUGCUGAGGGACGUCAGCGUACCAGCUGUAUGGGAUGCCCACCCACCCGUUCCGAAGACCAACAGUCCCAUACGGUUAAAGGGGCUUGAGGAACUUAAGAAUAAGUUCCAGAAUAUUAUUAACUUGGAGGGGUCAGCUAAGGGCGAUGGACAUCAGCCCGCUGUCGAAGAAUGUGAUUCUGUCUCCAAGUUGGAGUUAAUGGCGGGCAGGACGCUUACCAUGUACCAUUUGAGGCCUAAGAAGCAGUUAGAUAGGACGGCAGAACCGAAGCUACAUAUUCAAAGCUACAUUCAGGAGACGAUGGACGUAGAUGGCUUCGUCGGCAGCUUGGAGCAGUUCCGUCAUCUCGUGGACAGUAUGAGGUUUACACGGUGUGAUUCUAAGGAGUACCCCAAGGUGGUAUUCUUGGGCACGGGGUCGUGUAUACCUAGCAAGACGAGGAAUACUAGCGCUAUUGUGCUGCAAAUUGAUGAAAAUAAAUCGAUUCUCCUGGACUGCGGAGAAGGUACCUUCGGUCAGCUGGUGCGGUUCUACGGGCCCAAGAAAGUCAACAGCUUUCUGAGGACACUGAAAGCGAUCUAUAUUUCUCAUUUACAUGCCGAUCAUCAUAUUGGUUUAAUCGGCGUGAUUCAAGCGCGUCGUGAAGCGAUACAAGAACUAGGUCCAGUGGGUGACGACACUCCCCCUCCACCUCCCCUCUACUUACUGGCCCCGGGACAAAUCAUCACAUGGCUCACGUGGUACGACCAUCAGUUUGAGAAGAUUAAGAGCGAGUUCACUCUAAUACCAAACCAGAAUCUUCUUUACGACCACGAGCAGAACUCAGAAGUGACAUCAGCAGUGCUAGCGGCUAUGGGCGUGCAAAAUAUAAAGACGUGCUUCGUGGCGCACUGUCCCAACGCUUUCGGAGUCGCCGUCGAUUUGAAUGAUGGGUACAAAGUCACUUACUCUGGAGACACCCUGCCUUGUGAGGAGCUGGUGAAGAUCGGAGAAAAUUCAACCUUAUUAAUUCACGAAGCGACAAUGGAGGACGAGUUAGCAGAUGAAGCUCGGAUGAAGAUGCAUUCCACAACAACACAAGCGAUCGACAUCGGCCGGCAGAUGAACGCGCGGUACACCGUACUCACGCACUUCAGCCAGAGAUACGCGCGCCUGCCGCGACUCAAUGCGCAUAUACUGAACGAUAACAACAGCGUCGGCAUUGCCUUUGAUAAUAUGCAGAUCACAAUGAGCGACCUGGACCUCCUCCCGCACAUGUACGCGCCGCUGCAGCUUAUGUUUGCAGAGCAUUGCGUUGAGAUGGAACUGAAGGCGGCGCAGAGGCAGAGACAGCGCGACCGACAAACUUCGCCUGCACCAAUGUCCGGUACUAACACACCCAAACGAGCACGUAGCCCUAGCCAGGGCAAUGACCUCACCAAACGAACCUGUAACCAUGGCAACGGUCAAACAGAAAAACAACUCCCUGGUUUAGACUCUUCUAAACCUACAGAUACAGUUAAUAAAAUGUCUCAUGUUCACAAUAGAAAGCUUAGCACUGAUUCUGCUUCUAAAUCUGAAAAUAAUAGUAAAAUAGAUAGUGAUUGUUUGCAAGAAUCGAACGUACAGACAGAAACGAAUAGCUAGGAGAUUGAAUGUAGAUAUUUUUCUUUGCUCAUUUAUGUGCCUAGAGCGUAUCCAGGCCCACAGAUUAUUCAUUGGUAGUUUUUUGUUACUGUUAAAGUAUAAUUUUA